GCGCUCCGGCCGGUGAUUGGCUGGAGGGCUUGUUAACUAUUCAUAAGGGGGCGGGCCGAGCAGGGCGGCCUUUGUUAAGCAGCGAAGGCGCGGCCGCGGGGACUCUGCUGCCUGCUUCUCCGAGCGGGGCUGGGCGACCAGAGCGGGUCGAGAUGUCCUACAUCCCGGGCCAGCCGGUCACCGCCGUGGUGCAAAGAGUUGAAAUUCACAAGCUGCGUCAAGGUGAGAACUUAAUCCUGGGCUUCAGCAUUGGAGGUGGAAUCGACCAGGAUCCUUCCCAGAAUCCCUUUUCGGAAGACAAGACAGACAAGGGCAUUUAUGUCACACGGGUGUCGGAAGGAGGCCCUGCUGAGAUCGCCGGGCUGCAGAUUGGGGACAAGAUCAUGCAGGUGAACGGCUGGGACAUGACCAUGGUCACACACGACCAGGCCCGGAAGCGGCUCACCAAGCGCUCGGAGGAGGUGGUGCGCCUGCUGGUGACGCGGCAGUCCCUGCAGAAGGCCGUGCAGCAGUCCAUGCUGUCCUAGCAGCCGCCAUCGCCCGCGACUCACGCCUGCUGUCUCUGAACAGUAACACCACUUCCGCACCCGGUCCCCAUCCUGGCUUCUGCUGAGCGCUGGGCCUCAGCUCAGAAGGGCAACAGCUGAUCCCAGAGGCCCAUCCCUGGCCUGGGGCCUCUGGGACCAGCUUUCUUCCCUGGACACGCCUGGAGCUGAGUGGUAGCUGGUCUGCUGUGACCACAGGUUCAGGCCCGACCCUGUUGCCCAGCCACAGCAGUGGGUGGGCGAGUGGGAAGCACCUCCUCUUGGGAGCCGCCAAAGCUGGGAAAUGCAAGGUGGGGGGGGCUUUCCCACUUUGUCCAGGCUGCAGAGCUCGGCUCUUCCUCUGCCUGUGUGCCCACCUCUACCCGACA